AACAUGAAUCCAAUUUUGAGAUUACUUUCAUAGUAGAGAGGGUGAGCUUUGUAGCUGCAUAGAAUUCUUUCAAAAUUAAUCCAUAGGUUAUGAUCCAAGAUGAUCUAGAUGGGACUGGAAAUCUCAGUUUUAGGACUCAAAGCUUCUACAGCAUGGAGCAUCAAGCAGAUCUGAUAAGAAAAAGGAUUAGGAUUCAAGACACAUUUAUAUAGUUUCAGGCCUUCUGUUGAUAGCAGGGACUCAUUAGGUGAACAAUAGGCAACCAAGACAUUGAAGUAGACCUAUUUCCUAAACAUCAGUGGUAAUUAACUACAUUAAUUAAUAUAAGGCAAAUGCCUGUUUCCCACCAUUCAUGUGAGAUUUGCUAUAUGCUUGAGAGACCAAUGCAGUGGUAUCACUCUACUUAAAUGUUAAGAUCUCUUUUGGAUCUCUGAAAUAAUAGAAUACAGCAUGGAUGGGAACUGUUUGAAUCUUCUUUGAGUGAUAUUCCCAUGGGAGCUCCACUGUUGGUGUUGGGUUGUCUCGGCAUCACAGAUUGGAGUUUUUCCUAGCAGUAGCUGGUAGGGCUGCGCAUGUGCAACAGGUGCCUUGUGCCAUUCGUGCCUUUGCACAUUGUGCAGUUGCCUGACUCCCCUCAGUUCCUUCGUUACUGCCCUUGGUCACAGAUGGAGCUCAAACUCUCUCCCUCUCCUCAGCUGCUUAGAGGUAGAAAACAUAGUUAUAGUUGGUUAAUUUUCCCUGUUCAUUACUUAGUUUGUUCUUUAGUUACUCUAAAAAACACAUGUUUUUUUCUUCAUGUACAUAGUUUUAAAUGAAACUGAGCGGACAAACAGCAUGCAAUGGGAAUAGGCCUGAACUGCAGCCGCCUUGGAUGUUUCAUCUCCCCUUUAUUUAAAAAAAAAAAAAAAAAAGAGCCAGGGAAGAGAAAGAAGGAAGAUGAACAAAGCUGGCAUAGAACAACUCCAGUAGUUAGUCUUUUUGCUACGAUGCCAGGUUCCCCAGAUUUAAGAAGUGCAACACUUGUUGGGAGCUUAUGCUGGCCUCAGAUGACCAUUCCUUAUUCAUCCAUUGCCUGGGAGAGACCCAUGUUCCCCAGAAGUAUGUUCUCUGCUGCAGCCUCACAGCCAGAGCGUGCAGAGAAAGGGAGCUGCAUCUCUGUAAGCUCUUCUUGGAUAAGGCUCUACAGCCUGCAGAAUUAUUGUUGAAUGGAGCGCCCCCCCAUUAAAAAUUAUUGCAUAGCCCUGACUUAAGGCAUAUGCUCUAAGAAGAAAGCACAGAAUAUACACCUUAAUACCAACAAAACCACCUUCCCCAAACAAGGACACUCCACCAGUGGAGUAGAUCACAUCAUGGAACAGGCCAUCCACAUGACCCACAAGAACUUAUUUCAAUACACGUAUCCAUGGCUGUCACCUACCACCCCACACGGAAGUCAUAUAGAGUAUUAUUGACAUACAACCUAUAUCCAUGGAGAACCCCAUUCUGAAAUAAAUAUUUCCUGCACUCUCCUCUUCUGGCCUUCAGACAAUCUCCCAGACUGUCCAGACUCAUCAUCAUCCCACAGACUAGCUGGUCCUUAUUAUUCAAGAAUAAUCUUCCAAGCAACAAAUUUGAGAGUUUGGUCGAGGGCCUUCACAACCUCUCGUAUCCACCAGUGCCUCACAACUAUGAGGCAAUCUUCCACACUGUGUGCGCCCUUUUUACAAACAAUGGGAAGUGACUACUAUGGACUGAUGGGUCCUCAAGAUUGUAAGAUGUGGAUACACCAUCCCCCUCCUCUCUUCCUCCAACCUCCCCACCUCUCUUCAGGAACCCCUCUCAUGAAAAACUCCUAAAGCAAGAGGUAGAUCAUCUGCUGCACAUCAGAGCCAUAGAUGGGGUGCCUGAACAAUAUCAGGGCAAGGGAUUUUAUUCCAAUUACUUUCUCAAAGAGAAGAGAACAGUUGAUUGGAGGUCUUUCUUUUAUAUUGAUUGAACCCGUACCUUCCGCAAUUCACAAAUUGUUUGUCUCAAUUGCUGAAUGCUCUCCAGGAAUCCCUUGUCUCAACACAUUUCCAGAACUAUAGUGUCAUUCAUCACCCACUGCUACUCCUUACAAAGCAGAGUACUUCCUGCUUCCCUGAGGGCUUUCGCCACACUAGCUGUUUCCAUAUCCACAGCCUUCCUUAGGUGUGUCACUUCAUGACAUUUGUUGUGCAGCCACAUGGUUGUCCAACCCCACUUUUGAGACACUACGCAGUUUUGACACAGAUGGAUAUGGGCUCUUCAUAUGCUAAUGCAGUGCUCUCCACUGCUAAGUGUCAACUCCAAAGCCCAUCUACCAGCUAAUUGAUUACCACUAUGUAGUGGACCCAGGGGAACAGCAGUUGAAGAAAAUUUAGAUCCUGGCCAAUCGGCGUGUACUCUGACGGGAGUUGGGCCUCGUGUCUGAAGUGCAAAGGCGCUUAUGUGGCCCGACCAGCUAUUGCUAGGAAAAACUACGAUCAGUGUCAGGACAACCUGACACCAACAGUGGAGCACCCACGGGGGGAAACAUCUUGAAGAAUUGUCAUUACUGCAUGAGUUGAUGGAAUUUAAUUUGGGAAACAAUGUCUUUGAGGAAAUUCCAGAACAGCUGAAACAUCUCAGUUCACUGCAAAAGCUUCAUUUGUUUGGAAAUAAGAUUGCUACAAUAUCAUCCACGGUAUUUGAUGGAUUAGAAAACCUGAUACUUCUCAAUCUGAACAACAACAAGCUUAAAUAUCUUCCUCCAGAAAUACACAGGUUAGAAAAUCUUGAAAACAUAAAUUUAAAUAAUAAUCAGCUAGAAAGUAUUCCCAAAGAGCUAUGUUCCUUGCAAAAGCUUUCUGAACUCCAUCUGUCCCACAAUUGUCUCAUCACAGUACCUGAAGAGAUUAGAUACAUGACGAAUCUCAGAAUUCUAUGCUUGUCAAGAAACCAAAUAGGAGUUCUCCCUGAUGGGCUUUGCAGAUUGAGAAAAUUAAGAAUUCUAGAUGUUGCAGGGAACAAAAUUCAGAUUUUUCCAAUAGCAAUGGAGGAGCUGAUGCUAAUGGAACUUUACUGUGAAGAUAAUCCAUUGCUUAAGAAACAGCCUGUUUCUGCCAUACAAGAGGAAGAAGUUUGGUCUCUUAAGGUGAGCAAGGAGAGAAUUCAAAUGGAGGAGCUGAUGCUAAUGGAACUUUACUGUGAAGAUAAUCCAUUGCUUAAGAAACAGCCUGUUUCUGCCAUACAAGAGGAAGAAGUUUGGUCUCUUAAGGUUAUUCCUUCAUGA